AGAGUCCACAGGGCGCGAGGCUUCGAACUGUUUUGGUCGUCAGUUUGACGUGAAGAAGGGUUUAAUACAGUUAUUUUAAGUCGCUUUUAUUGAAAUACUUCGACAUUAUAACGGAGACGAGUACGGAUGAUGGAGGAGAUGAGCCAAGAGAACAUGGAGGAGGUGAAGGUGCUGGAGGCUCAGAUUAAGCAUCUUGAGGCUGAAGUUUCAGCAUUGAAGGGCCAACAGCAGGACAACCACAAGGACAUAACAUUCCACUUCAGAGGAGAGAUGCAGGAUGCCAUGUUGUGUAUGUGUGGACAGAGACAAGGAGACAAGAAGGAGAAGGAGAAGGUGCUGUCCAGGCUGAAGGAGGAGGUGGAGGAGCUGGAGGUGGAUCUGAAGCUACAGGCGGAGAUGAAUGGCAUCAGUCUGACUGGCUGCACCAUAAAGACUCUGCAAAGCAGUGACAGGAAGUUAGUCCAGCAGCUCUGUGUGUCAGGUCACUGCUCUGAACUGGUCUUCCAGGUGGAGUUCCAGCUCUCUGAGGUCAAGGAGGGUUCAGGGUGCGUGAGGACGAUCAGCGACCUGAACGUGGUGAUGGACGCCAGCGACCUGCAGAACUUCGGCAGUUUCCUGUCUGGGGUGGAGGAGAGCCGGGACCUUCUGCUGUUGUUCAGGACUCUCAGGACCUUCUCAAACAGAUGUGACGACCGGCGCAGAACCUUCCAGCACUUCCAGCCAGCAGCGAGAGGCCGAGGUCGCCUGGUGGGCUGCGUGCUUCCAGUAAACCUCCAGUCGUCCCACAAGUAUGCGGUGGUGGAGCAUCCUGCUGCAACAGCAAAUACCGCUGAUCGGCGUAGACCCUUCCUCUGCACCCAGACUCCUUUGUUCCUCACGUGCACAUUUAGCACAAAUUAGGCUCUUUUUUCUUCUUCUUUCUUCACUUUGAACAACUUGGAGAUAUUUCUCUUGUUUUAUUGUGUUUUCCCGUCGCUUACUCCAACAAGCCUUGAGAACCGAUCCAAUAGAUCUGAAUUCACUCCACUCCAGUGCUUUUGUUUAUAGUAUAAAUUCUAAUCAUAUCUCUGGAGGUUUACAUUUCAUAAAACAUCCAGACCAGAGGGACAGCCUUCGUCCCCUCACAUACAGUGUUUGUCCCUGCCUACUUUUUAUUAUUGGGGUAAUAGUUAAUCUGUUAAAUGUCAGAUAAUAGUGAAAAAUAUCCAUCCUAGUCAAAUAGAACCGUGUCUUGAUGAUGUACUCUGGAACCAGAGUCAUGUCAAAACAAAUAUAAUAGUUUCUAAUUGACAAUUACUGAUAGCUAAUUUUCUGUUGAUCCACUAAUGGAUGAAUUGUUUCUGCACAUACGUUCUACUUUGUUCUGACUUUCAGAUUUCCCUCGUGUUUUUUUACAAUUUGACCUUGUAUUUCUGUCACAUGAGAGCUACUUAAACCCCAGAAAAGUAACGCAUGAGAGACCACAGCAUUCGAUAUAAAAACCAACCAUUAAACACCAACUUCCCUUCAAUUGUUUUGCACAAGUUCACUUAAAAGAACAUCCACAGACAUUCCUGUAAAUUGAUCUUGUGCUCUAAAGUUUACAUGCAAAAUCAAACUCACUCCAGAAAUAAGUACAUUUGAAAUAUUCUCUUUUAAAAUACAUAAUUGUUGCCCCACAAGAUCAGUUCAUGUUCAUUUUCAGCCUCGUGCUCUUGUAAACGGACCUAAACAACUCAGAGAUGCUGCAUCCUCUGAAAAUAAAAAUACCAGAUUGACGAGUUAAAGACUUAAAAAGAUGGGUUUUUUUGUUAAUAAAUAAUGGGUGU